UGUUACCUGCACCACGUGGGCCGGGGGUGGGCAGGUGCUGCCGCGGCCCCGCGCAGAAAAGCUCGCAGCCAUUGCGCCUUUCCCAGGGGUGCAGCUGGUGUGGGAGCGGCUACCACCCACCUCGGGGAAAAGGGGGUGGGAAAGGGGGGGAGCCGUGCGCCUCCCCCGCGCCAGGUCCCUGGGGAGUGAGGCUGUAGCUGGGUGUUCUGCCGCUUGGGUCUCGCUUGGAAGCGCCUGGGGCAAGGAAAGUUUCCGGCUUCUUCUUUUCCCCCGCUUCUUCCUUUCCUCCCUUUUAUCCUCUCUGCUGGCCCGGUGGCACCAUGACGGCGUCUCCCGACUACCUGGUGAUUCUCUUCGUGACCACGGCGGGCACCAACGGGGCAAGGUUGGGCUCAGACGAGCGAGAGCUGCUCCAGCUCCUGUGGAAAGUGGUCGACCUGAGGAGUAAGGAGCUGGGGCACCUGCAUGACGUGCUGGUCCGGCCUGACCACACAGAACUGACGGCUGAGUGCCAGGAGAUCACCCAAGUGGAUGUGGAGAGCCUGGCACUGGCUCCACCGCUGGAACAGGCGUUGAGACAGUUUAAUCAGUCCGUGAGCAAUGAGCUGAACAUUGGUGUAGGUACUUCUUUCUGUUUCUGUACUGAUGGACAGCUACACAUUAGGCAGGUUCUGCACCCUGAAGCUUCCAAAAAGAAUAUUUUACUGCCUGAAUGCUUCUACUCCUUUUUUGACUUGCGGAAAGAGUUCAAGAAGUGUUGCCCUGGCUCACCUGAAGUUAGCAAACUUGAUGUUGCAGCCAUGACAGAAUAUUUAAAUCUUGACAAGAAUAGUCCAGCAUUUCCCUAUGGAGCAUCUCAAGUUGAAGAUAUGGGGAAUAUUAUUUUAACAUUAAUAUCUGAACCAUACAAUCACAGAUUUUCAGAUCCAGAAAGGGUGAACUACAAAUUUGAAAGUGGGCCUUGCAGUAAGAUGGAACUUGUGGAUGACAAUGCUGUUAUCCGAGCAAGAGGAUUGCCAUGGCAGUCAUCUGACCAGGACAUAGCAAGAUUCUUCAAAGGUCUAAAUAUUGCCAAAGGAGGUGCUGCACUUUGUCUCAAUGCCCAAGGCAGGAGGAAUGGAGAGGCUCUUGUGAGGUUUGUAAGUGAAGAGCAUAGAGAUCUAGCACUGCAGAGGCACAAGCAUCACAUGGGGAACCGAUACAUAGAGGUAUACAAGGCAACAGGUGAAGACUUCCUUAAAAUUGCAGGAGGUACUUCCAAUGAGGUUGCACAGUUCUUGUCAAAAGAAAACCAAGUGAUUGUCAGGAUGCGAGGUCUUCCUUUCAAUGUAACAACAGAAGAAGUGCUGACUUUCUUUGGCCAGCACUGCCCUGUAACAGGAGGAAAGGAGGGAGUCCUGUUUGUCACUUACCCUGACAGCAGGCCAACAGGGGAUGCCUUUGUCUUGUUUGCUUGUGAGGAAUAUGCACAAAAUGCACUGAAAAAGCACAAGGAUUUGCUGGGGAAAAGGUACAUUGAACUCUUCCGGAGCACUGCAGCAGAAGUUCAGCAGGUGCUGAACAGGUACUCUUCCACACCUCUCAUUCCUCUCCCAACACCUCCAAUUCUUCCAGUAUUACCUCAACAAUUUGUGCCUCCCACUAACAUCAGAGACUGCAUACGUUUGCGUGGUCUUCCCUAUGCUGCUACCAUAGAGGACAUUCUGGAGUUCCUGGGGGAGUUUUCUACAGAUAUUCGGACCCAUGGAGUUCACAUGGUACUAAAUCACCAGGGACGUCCAUCAGGAGAUGCUUUCAUUCAGAUGAAAUCUGCAGAUCGAGCUUUCCUGGCUGCACAGAAGUGUCAUAAGAAGACUAUGAAGGACAGAUAUGUUGAAGUCUUUCAGUGUUCUGCUGAAGAGAUGAACUUUGUAUUAAUGGGGGGCACUUUAAAUCGAAAUGGCUUGUCCCCACCACCAUGUAAGUUACCAUGCCUUUCACCCCCUGCCUACUCCUUUCCGGCUCCUGCUGCAGUUGUGCCAACAGAAGCUGCUCUGUAUCAACCAUCCAUGCUUCUGAACCCACGAACGCUCCAGCCCUCCACAGCCUACUACCCUGCUGGGGCUCAGCUCUUCAUGAACUACACAGCAUAUUACCCCAGUAUGCAGCAGAGGAUGGACUGGUACACACAAAUGAUGCGGCCAGGACAGUGUCCAAAGAAUGGAUUUGCAUUUAAAGGCCCCAGCAGUUAGACUUCCUUAGUGAAGAUUCCUCUACCCUUUCUGAUGUUUUGAACAAACACAGCGAGCCUAGAUGGAGAUUUUGAUUAUGUUUCCAGCUUUGCCACUUCUCAAGCCAAUUGUGCUCAAGAGAAAAGCCACCAGAACUCUGGAAGUGACCAGAUGGAUGUGUUACUGUUUUAAAGUUCAUGCACAAUUUUCAGACAUGCACACACAGACCACUAAGUCCUUCACUUAGAGAGAGCACAGGUGCUGAGAUCAUGCAAGUCCUUGAGGGCUUCUGCUUGGUGAAGUAUUAAUCUGCUCUUUACACAAAAGUAGUUCAGCCUGAACCUACAAAGUCUGAUCUUUCAUUCUUUGAAAUAGCAAAAAAGUAUUUUUUUACAUAAUUUUGCACACAGUUUAAAAUUGUUCUUUUUCA